GAAAAAUAAAUAUGUUUUUGCAAUUACACAAUCAUUAUUAGACUGAGAGCUGAACUCGCAACAAACACAUUUUCUGUGAGAUUUGAAUCACAAUGUGAUGCUUCCUUCAAAGUAGUUCUUUCAAAGUCUAAUAAUGACGGAGAAAACGCUGGUUUUGGAAGGCCUGCCUGACGACAUAGACACAAUCAAACCCAAGUUGGAUUUGUACUUCAAAAACAAAAGGAGGUCUGGAGGAGAGAUAUUGCAAAUCCAAGAUUACCCUGGGGACAAAAGGAAGGCCUUGCUCGUUUACCUUGAUGAUACAGCUCUACAAAAGGUGUUGCAAAGAAAAUGCCAUAAAAUAGAUUUUAAGGAACCCCUAGGGGUUGUUGAGCUUCAUGUGAAACUGAAGGAGAAUGGUGGUGAAACAGCCGUGAAGAAAGUUAAACCACCUCUUUUUCCCCGACCUACAAAAGAGAGAGUUCUUAUUGUUGGAAAGACUCCAUUCAACACUGAAGAGAAGCACCCAGAGGGUCAAGAAGUUGUGAAAGAACAGAAUAUAAAAGCAGAUACACUGUCGCUGCUUGUCAAAACCACCAAGGAACUUAAAAAAGACAUCAUUCAAUUGUAUUUCGACCAGUUUGAUUCAACAGAAGAAGGAAUCAGCCUUAACAAACUUGGAAAAAACUGCUGGAUCCUUAAACUGUCCUGCCAGUCGGAUGCAGAGAACAUCCUUUCCAAAAAGGAGCACCAGUUUGGCAUUUCUGUGGAGGUGUACCGUGAGACCGCUUUAAAAGGGAAACUGGACAAUAAGCGUGCCAUCCUGACCGGUUUUAAUGACAACUGCGACUGCAACAUCAUCUCUUUGUUCAUCAGCAGCUGCAGCCAAGGGGCUGAACAUGUCUGGGAGGCCCUGGAUGAUGGAGAUAGGGUAGUGGUCACCUUCAAACAGGAAAUUGACAUACAGUCCUUCCUAAGGAAGUGCUCAUCAAAGAGGUUCCAGGACAUCGAGAUCGGAGCGUGUCGUUUAGAGCUGACCGAUUCUGUUCUUGUCCAGGGAGAGAUGAGCAAAAUCAAAGGAAAUGUGGACGAGGUCCUCAAUCUCUACUUCUCUAGCAAAAGGAGCAAAGGAGGAGAAAUCAAGUCCCAGAUAUGGGUUACCAAGGGCAAAAGCAUGGUCAUCACCUUUGAAGAUUUGAAUGUUGCCUACCAGGUGGUGGAACACAAGCACUGUUUUAGUGGGGUUGACCUCGUUGCUGUACUGUUCUACCCUGGUCUGCAGAAAGCAUUGACUGGGCAAAGGGUCCUCUCUGACAUUACCACCAAUUUAGCCCUUCCACUCAGUUCAGCACUUAUUGACUUCAUUAACAGUGAGAAGAGCCAUAAGCAUUAUUUAACAGAUGGACUCAAUAAGGUUCAUGCAAGUGUCUUCCUCAACAUGACCACAGAACCCCCUCAGAUGGAGCUGGAAAUGACCCUACAAAAGGAUUCUUUGGGUAUGCUCAGAUUGGGCCCUAAAUGGAAAAGAAAUGCUCAACGAGAGGCUCUGACCUUGCUAGAAAAAUACAAGGAGGUUCAACUGCUCACAGAGGAGGACGUUUGGAAUAGGGUUGGUAGGAGUUGUCUUGCCCUCAACUCCUCUGAUGCCAGUGUCUCUUACAAUUCAAGAACUGUUAAGAUAGUGGUAGUAGGUGUGCAGAAUGAGGUGAAGAUGAUUGUGAACAAGAUUGAGCAAAUGAUAAAGAAGGUCAGUGAGGAGCUUGAGACCGAAAGGAAUACUGUAGUAAGAAAGAUCACACUAAACUCCAAGGAGGAACUUGAUUUCAUUUCUAAUCUCGUCUCUGGUAAACUAGUCGAUGUAGAAUUUUCUGAAGACACAGAAAGUUUCAUCAUCUACCUCAAGGGUUUGGAGAACAAGGUUAGCACAGCAGAAGGUGCCAUCAAACAGGCCAUGGGGAAUGUUGAAUCCAAACUCCUUGAUAUAUCAGUGCCUGUGGUAGAGUUCUUGAAGUCGAUAGACCUGAAGAAGUUUGAGAGGAAUCACUUUGCCCAGAACCAUAUAUCAUCUGUGCUACUCCAUGGUAAUGAUUCUGUCCACAUCCUGGCAGAAAGAGCUGACAUCCAGAGAGCUGAAGACAAACUACAUGAGGUCAUCAAAGAGGAAGUUAUCAAACUCGCACCAGACCAAGCCCAUGUGACCAAUGGCGAACAAUGGACAGAGUUUUUAAAUGCACUCCGAGUCGAGCUUCAAGUCACAAAGAACAAUCACAAUGUCAGCAUUGUAGAAUCACAGGAACAUAUUGGAGUGUGUGGAUUCUCCAGUGUGGUGGCAGACGUGGCGGGGAAGUUGAGGGGAUACCUGGACAACAAGAAGCCAGAAACGGAGGAUGUCCCUCUCAAAUCCGUGCAGGAAGUUGAGUUUGUGACCUCUUGCAUGAACCUCUUGGAGGUUCCUGAAAUCAAGGAUUUGAGCAUGACAAUAUUGCCUUGCGAAACACAAGGUUCCCCUUGCCUGAAGAUCACUGCAGCAAGUGAUAAAAUUAGGAUGGCUGUAGAUAAGGUGAAACAGAAGGUCAGUACAAUAAUAAUGGAGAAACACAAAUACUCCAAAGCUGGUGAGUCCAAAGUCCUGGAGAAGAACGAAGUGGCACUGCAGACUAAGGCCAAGGAUUUCGGUUGUAAGCUCUACCUAUCAGCGCUAAGGACUAUCCAAUGUCAGAAAUACAGCUACAACAUAGAAUGUAUCACUUUAACUGUUGGUCAGGGUAACAUCUCCCAAAACGCUGCAGACGCUUUGAUCUGCCCCAUAAGCAGAAGUCUGUCCUUUGAUACGCCGAUUGCUAAGCAGUUCCUUCAGAUUGGUGGACCUGAGAUCAAAAAGGUGUGUGAUAAAUUCCUGAAAGAGAGGCAGACCCUACAGGCAGGAGAUGUUGUCUUGUCCAACACAGGCACCCUUGGAGCUCAGCAGCUUAUUUAUGCUGUGAUUCCAGUGUGUGGGAAGGACGCCGGCCGUCUGAACAAAAUCUAUCUGCACUCGGCGGUCCGGGACAGUUUACUGAACGCAGACAUCAAGAGGUGCGUGUCCAUAUGGAUGCCGGUGAUUGGGUGCGGCACCUUCGGUUUUUCUGUCACAGAAUGCUGUUCGGCAGUUAUUGAGGGAGUCACUGAGUUCCUUAAACAGAAACCCAAACACCUCAGGAAUAUUUUCGUGAUAGACUCUGAUGCUAAAACAGUGGAGGAGUUCCAGUCAGCCAUUGAAGGAGAGGGUUAUCAGCGAAUCACAGCAACAAACACAACUUCAAGCACUGCCUCAAAUAACACACCAACAUCAACCAUAGCAGUGACUAUUGGUGGAGUCUCUGUAAUCCUGAAGAAGGGAGACAUCACCAAAGAGACAGUGGAUGUGAUAGUGAAUUCCAACAACAAUAAUCUUGAUUUAUUCUCUGGUGUGUCUGGAGCCCUUCUGAAAGCAGCUGGGAAAUCUGUAGUGGAUGAAUGCAAAACCAUAGUACAAUUACUUGGUCCCCUAAAGGCUGGUGGUGUUAAGACAACACGUGGGGGGACCCUAAACUGUAAAAACAUAAUGCACAUGGUUGGGACCAAAAGGACGUCAGAUAUCACCACCUCCAUCAGGACGAUCCUUGAGCUGUGUGAGACAAGCAAGGCAGCCACAGUGUCUGUCCCAGCUAUUGGCACAGGGAAAGGUGGAAUUGGACCCAAUGACUCCAUUGAAGCCAUACUAAAAGGAGUGGAGAGCCACUUGUCACAGGUGACCUCAUCCAGUGUCCAACUCAUCACCAUAGUGGCCUUUGAGCAGAAUAUAUUUGACUCCAUGAGGGAUUACUUAAACAAGAGGACUCUAGCCCCACACAAAAUCCAGCAGGCAAAGGCUGCAUCUACUUCACCAACUCGGUCCAAUCUUCCCUCACAUCAAGUUAGGAUCCAUGGUGUCACAAUUGAAGUGAAGAAAGGCAAUAUCACUCAAGAAACCGUGAGAGGCAUUGUGAACACCACCAACUCUACUAUCGACUUAACAGCUGGAGUUAGUGCAGCUAUUAUCAAAGCAGCCGGGAGCCAAGUUGAGCAGGAAUGCAAGACAAUUUGUCCUCUGACAGGUAAUGCCCCAGGAGUGACCAGUGGAGGGCUCCUUCAGUGUGACUUCAUCCUGCACAUGCUGGGGCCCCACUCUGUGGCUGAUGCUACCCUACGAGUUACCAAGGUCCUGGAGUGCUGCGAGGACAAACAGAUCACCACCUUGUCCUUCCCGGCCGUGGGCACUGGUGGGGGUGGGCUUAAUGGCACAGACUCUGUUGGAGCCAUCCUUCAGGGCAUCCAGAAUCAUCUGUCCCAGUGUACCUCCUCUGUCCUCAAACUGAUCUACUUAGUCAUCGCCCAAGAAAACAUCAUGCAGGAGUUUCAGAAAGGGUUCGACCAGUGGAAGACAAGACUGACGUCUGUAGACGACUGCGACGAUGACGACGAUCUUUACAGUGAGGAAGAUGACAGUGAUUGGUUGGACAUGAAAUCUGAUGAAGAUGACAGUGUUCAGACGGGAAAUCCCACUGAAGCAGUCAUUGGGCCAGUGAAGGUCAAGGUGGUAUGUGGUGACAUUACCCAGGAGACCACAGACGCCAUUGUAAGCAGCACCAACACAACCCUCAAUUUAAAUACAGGUGUGUCUGGGGCCAUUCUCAAAGCAGCUGGACAGACUGUUGUGGAUGAGUGCAAUGCGCUGGGUAUGCAACCCAGUGAUGGGGUUGUCAUGACUGCACCUGGGAACCUCCCAACCAAGAACAUCAUUCACAUGGUGGGGCAGACCAAGGAGAAGGACAUCACCAGCUCCAUGCUGAAGGUGUUGAAGAUGUGUGAGGACAAGAAAAUUCAGUCAGUGUCUUUUCCAGCACUUGGUACAGGUGCAGGUAACUUGGGAGCAGCACAGGUCGGAGAAGCAAUGAUGGCUGCAGUAUAUGACUUACUAUUAACAAUCCGAACCCCCUCAGUUAAAACCAUUCACAUUGUUGUAUUCCAAACCAAAAUGAUGAAGGACUUUGAAGACAUUCUGAGCAAGAUCAAGAAGGUGAAGCCCAAGCCCGUUGCCAGUAAGUUAUCCAAACCAACCACACAACCCCAGCCCAGCCCUACCAAAUCAGCCCUUUGUUUGGCUGGUGCCUGUGCAGAGGUAGAAUUCCCUGGGAUGGAGGCUGAGGUUUACGGGCUGUCCCCAGCCAGCCUCGCCCAGGUGAAGAAGCUCCUGGACGACCUGAUCUCUGAGGAGUGCAUCAGCCAGGACCUUCCCUCCAGUCACCUGUCAUUCCUCCUGGAGCCGCAGAAAAAGGCCAUAGUGGCCCUGAGCCGGAAGGAGCAGGUUCGAAUCCAGGUGGCCUCCCCGGAUAAGUUGACCGUCUCUGGGAAGAAAGACGACGUUCUCUACUCCAUCCUCCAGAUCAAGGACUACCUGCAGGAGGCGAGGGACCGGAAGAGUCGGGAGAGUGAGGAGAAGAGAAUGAGGGAGACGGUGCGCUGGAAGACGUGGGAGGGACAGACCUGGGUAGAGCUGGACCAAAGCCUUAACUAUGACCUGGAGAUGGCUUUCCAUGUAAAAAACAAGACUUUUAUAUAUAGUAAACAGGGAGAGAAAUUCACAGUGGACCUGAAAAACAUGAAACAGACUGACAGCAAAGGAACAGUCACCAAAAUCAGAAGGGUCCUCGUCAUCGACUCUGACACAGCUGUCAUUCAGUUCCCACCCAACUGGUCCCCAAUGGAUAACAAGGACUUGGACAUGGUCACACUGGAUCCCACCUCAGCUGAGUACCAAAGCAUAGAGAAGGACUUGGUCGCAACCUCCAAGAACCCACAUACUAAUACAAAACCAACCAUUAACAUUGUCCAGAUCCAGAGGAUUCAGAGCAAGGAUCAGUGGCAGAGGUAUGCAGUGAAGAAACAGGCGUUGGAUAAGAAGUAUCCUAAAAACAAGAAUGAGCUGAACCUUUACCAUGGCACAACCAAAGAAAUCUGUCAGAAAAUCAACACCUGUGGGUUCAACAGGAGCUUCUGUGGGAGAAAUGCUACUGUUUACGGAGAUGGGACCUACUUUGCCAAAGAGAUGUGGUACUCGUGCCACGACACUUACUCCAGCCAGGAUGCCAGUGGGCAGAAGUACAUGUACCGUGCCAGGGUCCUGGUGGGUAAACCCUGUCUGGGGGUGAAAGGGAUGAAGGAGCCCAACCCCCUGAACCCCACUGACAUCAGCCAGGGGCUGUUUGACUGUGCUGUUGAUAAUCUGCAGAAUCCCUUCAUCUAUGUGGUGUUCUGUGAUGCUGGGGCCUAUCCAGACUACCUCAUCAUCUUCAAGACUGCCUGACAGAUGGAAGAGAUGGUCUCUGUGCAAGAUGGCAUUAUCUUGCACAGAUAAUGCCAGACCCUGUAAAGAUGUGUACUGUGUUGCCUCUCAAAGCCAAAUGUGACAAUUCUUUCCUAAAUAAUGCAAAUGUUAAAACCUCAGUAAUGUCUUAAACGAGCGCCUUAUUACAGUACAAUGGAGCCAUCCUUUAGGGAUUGAGACUAAGCAAUACUGACCAACCAUACUAGACCAACUCAGGGAUAUGAUGCACUGCUUGUGAAAAUGGUGAACGAGCAUUGAGGCAUUGUGUUACUGAGUGUUAGCAUGUGUUAAAUGGGGUGACUGUGCCAUCGGUGGUGCACCAGUUCCAUUAUCUCAGAAAAAGGGGUGUGAAAAACAGCAUUGCAGUACUGCCCAACUUGCAACUCCUUAAAGACAAGGUUCCACUACUGUCAGCUUAAAACAAGCAGAGGCUUCAGGGGGCAUGCAAUAAACAUCACCUGGUCACAUGUCAUGUUUCAAUUGACAGCAAUUAGGUAAAGCAAAAUGAUCAUGAACAUGGACUUAAAACCUGUGGGAAAUCAUCUUGUAGAAUCCAUGCACCUAAGAAUUCAGGCUGUUCUGUUAUUGGUGUUUUUUUCCACUGUUCCACAGCCAUCAACAGAUCCUAAGGUCUCCUCUAUCUGGAGUAAAAACUUGAGUUAUGGCAUACUGUUGCGUGUGUGUGUAUUUUGCACAAUCUGAAGUAAUAAAGACUUGAUUUAAUUAUA